GCAACGUGACGUUAGCCGGGCACUGUUAGGAGAAGGUGCGUGCGGGUCAGUGGCACGAAGUUGUUCAUGACAAAUACAAAUAGAAAAAGGAAGGAUGCGCAGUUGUGGGGCGAGUCGGGCGACCUAAGUGAACGACAAGGGUUAAAUAGAAGAAUGAGAAAGAAAAGUCAAUAGGCGGUAUGCGUUCAGUUACUAGAAUGAUGAUUGAGACCGUUAGAUUUUAGUUUGGCCCGCGCUUGGGAUUUUAUUCAUUUGGAACGGCUGGGCGAUAGAUUUCUGAUGGCUGAAUACACACCUGGAUUUCUAUGGAUCACAAACCAGCGAACAUCCUUCCCCGGGAGAGAACAUACGUGUAUGACGAAGCCAAAUGAAAGUGCGAGAAAAUAGUUUUUGUAAACUGCUAUGAAGUUGAUUUUGAAAGUUUAAACAUACUUUUACGCUUAAGGAAACUUGGGAAAUAGUCACUGGUGGGAAUCCGUUAUUAGACUAAAUUUGUUUUACCUAAAGUGGUUCACGAACCAAGUGCAUCAUUGAGCAACAGAAACAUGUAUCUCGGUAAAGCUCUUCUGUUGGUGCUUCUCCUAAACUACACGACUACCAGUCUUUCUCUGUCAACCUGCGCCACGGUGGAUAUCGAUCAUGUGAAGCGGAAGAGGUUCGAGGCGAUACGGGGACAGAUACUGAGUAAGCUCCGGCUGACCAGCCCGCCACACUCCCUGGGACCCAGUCAGGUCUCCUACCAGAUCCAGUCGUUGUAUAACAGUACCCGGGAGCUGCUUGAGGAGUUGGGGAGAGACGGGCAGCAAAGUUGUGGCCAAGACAACACGGAGACCGAAUAUUAUGCCAAAGAGAUAUACAAAUUCAACAUGGUCCAGGGACCGCCAGAAAAUAAUGACCUUCCCUACUGUCCUAAAGGCAUCACCUCCAAAGUUUUCCGUUUCAAUGUGUCGGCCAUGGAGAGGAACUCCACCAACCUGUUCCGAGCUGAGUUCCGUGCUCUCAGGGUUCCAAACUCUGCUGCCAAUAGGAACGAACAGAGGGUCGAGCUCUACCAGAUCCUGAGACCAGACGAGCACAUAGCUAAGCAGCGCUACAUCGGAGCCAAGAACGUGCUGACCAAGGGAACGCCAGAAUGGGUCUCCUUCGACGUGACAGAGACGGUACGGGAGUGGUUGAUGUACAGAGCGACCAACCUGGGUCUGGAGAUCAGCGUACACUGCCCCUGCCACACCUUCAACCCCAACGGCGACAUCAUCGACAAUGUGAAUGAAGUGCUGGAGGUCAAGUUCAAAGGUAUGGAAGGGGAGUAUGAGGAGCCGGGUCGUUGGGACCUGGGUCGUCUGAAGAAGAAGAAGAAGAAGAAGAAGGAGCAGAAGGAGCCGUACCUGCCUCACCUCAUCCUCAUGAUGAUCCCUCCUCACCGCCUCGACUCACAGCCACGCAGACGCAAACGGGCCCUGGACACCAACUACUGCUUCUCCACUGUUGAGGAGAACUGCUGUGUUCGUCGUCUCUACAUCGACUUCCGUCGGGACCUGGACUGGAAGUGGAUCCACGAGCCUAAAGGAUACUUCGCUAACUACUGCUCUGGACCCUGCCCUUACCUGAGGAGCUCCGAUACCACACACACACAGCUGCUGAGCCUGUAUAACACUCUGAACCCAGAGGCUUCAGCCUCUCCCUGCUGCGUUCCCCAGGACCUGGAGCCUCUUACCAUUCUCUACUACUCUGGACGCACCCCUAAAGUAGAGCAGCUGUCCAACAUGAUCGUCAAAUCCUGCAAAUGCAGCUGAGGAGGCCAGGAGUAGGCCCGAAGCCUGGGAGUAGAGUAGAGGGGAAUGGCCCACGUAGGUGAUCUGUAUUGGGACAUUAGAGCCAGCUGGCCUGCCUACCUGUGGAGGACUAGACUACUACCAUCCAGGCUAUUUGUAUUAAUCAACAGACUAUGUGGCCUAGCGCUUAACACCACUUGAACUGAAGGGCCCCAUCCUUGUGUAAGGAGGACAUACUAUGCUAGACUUUGGGAUCUGAACUUCUUCAUUCUUUUGAUUUGUUCAGUUUAGAGUUAGUAGUUUCCUUUUACAGUCUUCUAACUGGGUUUCCUUCCCUUCCUACAAACAAACUGAGUUUCCUUUCCUUCCUACAAACAAACUAAGUUUCCUUUCCUUCCUACAAACAAACUGAGUUUCCUUUCCUUCCUACAAACAGAGUUUCCUUUCCUUCCUACAAACAAACAGAGUUUCCUUUCCUUCCUACAAACAAACAGAGUUUCCUUUCCUUCCUACAAACAAACUGAGUUUCCUUUCCUUCCUACAAACAAACAGAGUUUCCUUUCCUUCCUACAAACAAACUAAGUUUCCUUUCCUUCCUACAAACAAACAGAGUUUCCUUUCCUUCCUACAAUCAAACUGAGUUUCCUUUCCUUCCUACAAUCAAACUGAGUUUCCUUUCCUUCCUACAAACAAACUGAGUUUCCCUUCCUUCCUUCCCUUCCUACAAACAAACUGAGUGUCCUUCCCUUCCUACAAACAAACUGAGUUUCCCUUCCUUCCUUCCCUUCCUACAAACAAACUGAGUUUCCCUUCCUUCCUUCCCUUCCUACAAACAAACUGAGUUUCCUUCCCUUCCUACAAACAAACUGAGUUUCCCUUCCUUCCUUCCCUUCCUACAAACAAACUGAGUUUCCUUUCCUUCCUAUAAACAAACAGAGUUUCCUUCCUUCCCUUCCUACAAACAAACUGAGUUUCCUUUCCUUCCUAUAAACAAACUGAGUUUCCUUCCCUUCCUACAAACAAACUCGGUUUCCUUUCCUUCCUUCCCUUCCUACAAACAAACUGGGUUUCCUUCCUUCCUUCCCUUCCUAUAAACAACUGGGUUUCCUUCCUUCCUUCCCUUCCUAUAAACAACUGGGUUUCCUUCCUUCCUUCCCUUCCUACAAACAAACUGGGUUUCCUUCCUUCCUUCCUACAAACAAACUGUGUUUCCUUUCCUUCCUACAAACAAACUGUGUUUCCUUUCCUUCCUAUUAACAAACUGUGUUUCCUUCCCUUCCUAUUAACAAACUGUGUUUCCUUCCCUUCCUAUUAACAAACUGGGAUUCCUUCCUUUCCUUCCUAUUAACAAACUGGGAUUCCUUCCUUUCCUUCCUAUUAACAAACUGGGAUUCCUUCCUUUCCUUCCUAUUAACAAACUGGGAUUCCUUCCUUUCCUUCCUAUUAACAAACUGGGAUUCAUUCCUUUCCUUCCUAUUAAUAAACUGGGAUUCCUUCCUUUCCUUCCUAUUAACAAACUGUGUUUCCUUCCUUCCUAUAAACAAAAUGGCUUCCCUUCCCUUCCUACAAACAGUGGGCAUUAUUAUCAUAACACAAAGGAGAAAGGACAGACUAGCUGCCGUAUCCAAUGACAUACACUACUGUUCAAAGGUUUGGGGUCACAUUGAAAUGUCCUUGUUUUUUAAAGAAAAACACAUUUUUUGUUCAUUUAAAAUAACUUCAAAUUAAUCAGAUAUACAGUGUAGACAUUAUUGUAGCUAGAAACGGCAGAUUUUUUGUAAUAGAAUAUCCACAUAGGCGUACAGAGGCCCAUUAUUCUCAACCAUCACUCCUGUGUUCCAAUGGCACGUUGUGUUAGCUAAUCCAACUUCAUCAUUUUAAAAGACUAAUUGAUCAUUAGAAAACCCUUUUGCAAUUAUAUUAGCAAGCACAGCUUAAAAAUGUUGUCCUGAUUUAAAGAAGCAAUAAAACUGGCCUUCUUUAGACUAGUUGAUUAUCUGGAGCACCAGCAUUUGUGGGUUUGAUUACAGGCUGAACGUGGCCAGAAACAAGGCACGUUCUUCUGAAACUCGUCAGUCUAUUCUUGUUCUGAGAAAUGAAGGCUAUUCCAUGCGAGAAAUUGCCAAGAAACUGAAGAUCUCGUACAACGCUGUGCACUGCUCCCUUCAUAGAACAGAGCAAACUGGCUCUAACCAGAAUAGAAAGAGGAGUGGGAGGCCCCGGUGCACAACUGAGCUUGAGGACAAAUACAUUGGUGUCUAGUUUGAGAAAGACGCCUCACAAGUCCUCAACUGGCAGCUUCAUUAAAUAGUGCCUGCAAAACACCAGUCUCAACGUCAACAGUGAAGAGGAGACUCCGGGAUGCUGGCCUUCUAGGCAGAGUUCCUCUGUCAAGUGUCUGUGUUCUUUUGCCCGUCUUAAUCUUUUCUUUUUAUUGGCCAGUCUGAGAGAUGGCUUUUUCUUUGCGAUUCUGGAGUCGCCACUUCAUUGUUGACGUUGAGGGUUUUCUAAUGAUCAAUUAGCCAUUUAAAAUUAUAAACUUGGAUUAGCUAACACAACGUGCCAUUGGAACACAGGAGGGAUGGUUGCUGAUAAUGGGCCUCUGUACGCCUAUGUAGAUAUUCCAUUUAAAAAAUGCCGUUUCCAGCUACAAUAGUCAUUUACAACAUUAACAAUGUCAACAUUGUAUUUCUGAUCAAUUUGAUGUUAUUUUAAUGGACAAAAAAAAGAGAGCUUUUCUUAAAAUAAAACAAGUGACCCCUAAACUUUUGAACGGUAGAGUAGCUUCAUUCAGGCAGAGGGGAAGGAGAAAGACAGACUGUGACAAAGCGAUAGAAAAGACUGACUUCUUUUUUGGGGGGUGGGGGGGGGGGUUGUUUCUAUGGCAACUGGAGUGGAAGGAGAAGGGACCUUUUUAAUAACAAACCUCAAAAAACCAACAAGCUGCUCUCUUUGAAGACUUUCUCGACAGGUUUGAAUAAAUAAAAUAAAUAAAAGAUAAAAAAAGGGACCCAAACACAAUAUGCUGGAAGACAUUGAUCUGAAAAACUAUUACGUAACAGAUUAUGUGAGUUAUAUAUUUUUUCUUUAAAAUGGCAAAUAUUCUCUGGUGGUGUCAUAUGAUUGAUGUCAUGUUAAUGUGUAUCUGUCUAUUUGAUUACACCAUGAUCCUCAUCAUAUUGUUUUGCUGGUGAUUUUGAAUACCUACUCUAUGGUCAUGCCAGGUUUGCUAUUUAUGAGAAGAUGAAACAUUAAGCAAAGGCAUGAUAGCUGGCACAGUUGAUCGUCUUGUAUUUUUUUAAAUAUUUAAAAACAAAUAAAUUCCAUCGGAGUA